AUGGAAUCCUCGCUCCCUACCCACGCCAAAGACAACCCCAAUGUGUCCGCGGACGGGGCCCCCUCAAAGAACGCAUUGAAGAAGGCACAGAAGGAGGCUGAGAAGGCAGCCAAGAAGGCGGCGGCCAAAAAGGCAGACGAAGAGAAGAGGGCGGCUCAACAAGCUCAAACCUCCGAGGACACGGCCAAGGACAAAUACGGCGAGUUACCGCAGGAGGAGGGUCCGAUCAUCACACAUCUGAAGAAGCUCGGCGAAGACCAUGUCGACAAGGAGGUGACGGUGAUCGCAAGAAUCCACAAUAGCCGAAGCCAGAGCGCCAAACUGGCCUUUCUCAUGUUGAGGCAGCAGGGCAAGACGGUCCAGGCGGUGGUCGCCGCCAAUGGAGAGGCGGUAUCCAGGCAAAUGGUGAAAUGGGCCGUCUCGCUCAGCGUGAACUCGUUCGUGCGAGUCACCGGACUCAUCAAGAAGCCCGACCCUCCCGUCGCCUCUGCGUCGAUCAGCAAUCUCGAACUCCACGUCACCAAGAUCUAUCUUCUCGCCCGCGCCGCCGAGCAACUCCCCAUGCAGGUCAAGGACGCUGAGCGGCCACCGCCGGCCACAGCAGAGGAAGGGCAGGUCGAUGCUGAGGGGGCCCCCAUCGUCACGUUGAAGACCCGACUGGACAAUCGUGUCAUCGAUCUCCAGACAGAGUGCAAUCAAGCCAUCUUCACCAUCUCCGAUGCGGUCGAGGGUCUGUUUACAGAGUACAUGCGGAAGAGCGGAUCCCGACAAUUCAACACGCCCAAAAUCCUUGGUGCCGCAACCGAGGGUGGAAGCGGUGUCUUCGAGGUCAGCAACUAUUUUGGCAAGAGUGGAUUUCUAGCGCAGAGCCCGCAGCUGUACAAACAGAUGCUAAUCGCCGCUGACUGUGAGAGUGUGUUCGAGGUCGGGCCAGUGUUCCGUGCCGAGAACAGCAACACCCAUCGACACUUGUGUGAAUUUACCGGCCUCGAUUUCGAAAUGGUCUUUGACCACCAUUACCACGAGGUCCUCGGGUUCGCAGAGCAGUUGAUUGUGUUCAUAAUCCAGGAGCUGCAGGCGCGUUAUAAAGACGAGAUCGCCGUGGUUCACAGAUACUUCCCUCGGGCGGGCGAUUUCCGAAUCAAAGAUGGCAAAGCCCUACGACUCAAGUACUUUGACGGCAUCAAGAUCCUGCGCGACGCCGGUGUCGACACCACAGAGCAGGACAACUACGUGACGGACCUGACAACGGCGCAGGAGAAGAGAUUGGGCCAAUUAAUCCGCGAGAAGUACGACACCGACUUCUACGUUCUCGACGAGUUCCCCAUGGUGGUGCGACCGUUCUACACCAAACAGCAUCCUACCGACCCCAAGCUGUCCAACUCGUACGAUUUCUUCAUGCGCGGCGAGGAGAUCAUGUCCGGGGCUCAACGCAUCAACGAUGCUGCGGAGCUCGAGGCCUCCAUGAGGAGCAAAGGGCUCGACCCGGACGCCGAAGGGUUUGUAGACUAUGUCAAUGCCUUCAGGCAAGGCUGUCGACCGCACGCCGGCGGAGGCCUCGGAUUGAACCGAAUCGUCAUGUUCUUCCUGGGCUUGGACAAUGUCAGGCAAGCCACGCCGUUCCCUCGCGACCCGCAAAGAUUGAGGCCAUGA